GAGUUUUUAAAAAAAUAAGCCUUCUCUUAUCUGCUUUAAGCGAAAACACGGUGCGAUUUAAUUACCCACAAUUCCAUUCGUUCUUUUUACAGCAGCAACGAUGGCAGAGGACAGCGCCAAGAAGCCGAACUGCAUGCGAGACAUUCAUAUUCAGAAAUUAUGUCUGAAUAUCUGUGUUGGUGAAUCUGGAGACAGGCUUACAAGAGCUGCAAAGGUCUUGGAACAACUCACUGGACAAACACCUGUAUUUUCAAAGGCUCGCUAUACUGUGCGUUCAUUUGGCAUUCGAAGAAAUGAGAAAAUUGCCUGUCACUGCACUGUCCGUGGACCAAAAGCUGAAGAAAUCCUUGAAAGAGGGUUGAAGGUUCGUGAAUACGAACUUAGGCAAGGCAACUUCUCCAAAACUGGUAAUUUUGGAUUUGGAAUCCAGGAACACAUUGAUUUGGGAAUUAAGUAUGAUCCAUCCAUUGGAAUCUAUGGAAUGGAUUUCUAUGUUAUGUUGGCUCGACCAGGAUACAAUGUUCGAUACCGCCGAAAAAAGAAGAACCGUGUUGGCUUCCCACACAGGCUAACCAAGCCUGAUGGCAUGAGAUGGUUCCAACAAAAAUACGAUGGAAUUCUCUUACCUGGAAAGUAAGAUCACAUAAUAAAGAAAGUGGAUUCCG